AUGUCUAACCCUGCGGGUGGUUCAGAGGGCCCAAGGGGCCCCUUCGUUACACCCGAGGCCCCGGGGGGCCCCCAGCAGUCGAUGGCGGGGCCCUCAGCUUUUGCUUCAACAGCAAACAACAACAACACAGCACGAGAAGACCCCGCUACUGUUCAGGACACGAACUUUGCGGUGUUUUUCGCUCACUUUUUGAGGGUUUAUAGGGGCCCAGGCCCCUCAGAAGAUGAUGCUGAUCAGCCAGAAGAGAUAGAAGGGCUCCCAGCUGAUAUAGCAGAGUUUUACUAUCUGCGUCAGCUCGCGGGUUUACUAUCGAGGCCCCGCAGCGUCUGCAGUUUGUUAGUUCGUCUGAAACACCUAGAGGGGAUUCAGCCGCUGCUGCAGGAGCGGCUGCAGCAGCUGGCGAAUGAGGUCGCCCAGCGCAUCUCCUGCAGCUCUUCUCCGGUGUAUCUGCAGCUCCAUGAUGUUCCUCGUUAUGUACACAGCAUAAGCGGGGUUCGUUGCAGCAUGCUUGGGGGUUUAGUGUGUGUCAGGGGUUUAGUAACCCGAACCACCGACGUGCGGCCUGAGCUGUUGUUUGGCUCUUUUCGCUGUGAAGACUGCAACCGCAUUGAGGCUGCUGUGCCCCAGCAUUUCAAAUUCACACAGCCCGUGAAGUGUUCAACCCCUCAAUGCCACAACACAAAGAACUGGCGUUUGUUGCCUGAGGCGUCACAAUUCUCAGAUUGGCAAAAACUGAGGCUGCAGGAGCCGUCUGGGGAGAUGCAUGCAGCUGCGGUGCCCAGGUGUAUAGACGUUAUAGCCAGACACGGCCUGGUUGACUCUGUGUAUGCUGGUGAUGUGGUGCUGGUGACGGGGGCCCUCAUUGCUGUCCCCGAUGUGCCCGCGCUGCUCAAGCCUGGAGAAAUACCCAAGUCUGUGCUGCGUCAGUCGCAGCGGCGGGCCGAGGGUUUGGGGGCGGCAAGCGCAGUGUGGGGCCACGACGAUGUAAAGAAGGGUUUGCUGCUGACGAUCACUGGGGGAGUUACAAAGGAAACAGGAAGCUCUAGACUCAGGGGAGAUAUAAACAUGUGUAUCGUUGGGGACCCAUCAACCAGCAAGAGCCAGCUGCUCAUCUGGGUUGAGGGUUUCUCCCCCCGGGCGGUUUUUACUUCCGGCAAGGGCUCCACUGCUGCAGGGCUCACUGCUGCUGUCGUUCGUGAUCCUGACCAGGGGGACUACGUGCUGGAGGCCGGCGCACUGAUGUAUGCAGACCAAGGUAUUUGUUGCAUCGAUGAGUUCGAUAAGAUGGACGAGAAAGACAGAGUGGCGAUACACGAGGCAAUGGAGCAGCAGACUAUCUCCAUCGCCAAGGCCGGCAUUCAGGCUACUCUGAACGCUCGUGCGAGUGUAUUGGCUGCCUGCAACCCUCGGUUUGGUCGUUACGACCGCAGCAAAAGUUUUGCUGCUAAUGUGCAUAUUCCGCCCCCUUUGUUAUCUCGCUUUGAUUUGUUGUUUACUCUUAUUGAUGAAGUCGAUGAAAACAGAGAUAGCGCUAUCUUUGAUCAUCUUGCCUCUUAUCAUAUGCGGCCCGAAGAUGCAGCAGCAACAGCAACAGCAGCAAUAGCAGCAGAUUGCCUUACACAGGAUGAGCUGAGGCUUUAUGUUGAAUGUGCUCAGAAACUAAAACCCAUCAUCACUGACGAAGCAAAGCGGCGGCUGGUGGAGGCCUAUGUAGCGCUGCGGCUGUUGGAUUGCCAGCCGGGGGCUCAGCACAAUAUGAGGAUUACUGUGCGCCAGCUAGAGUCUCUCGUUCGUCUCUCAGAGGCUGUUGCGAGGCUGCACUUUAGCGACUUUGUGUUGGAGGAGCAUGCACAAGAAGCCGUCGAUAUCUUCCGGAGUUCUUUGCACCGCAUAUUACACACAGAAGACAUUCAGCUAUCAGCAGCAACAGCAGCAGCAGCAGCAGCAGAAAAGGAGGUUCAGGACGCAUCUGCUGCUGGCGACGGUGGUGACACCGCUGCAGCAGCACCAGGAGCAGCAGCAGCAGCAGCAGCAGCAGCAGCAGCAGCAGAAAUUAGAAUAUCUCACGCAGACUAUAGAAGAAUUUCUUCACAAAUUUUGGAUUUUAUAAAACAAAAAGAAAUAACAGAAGAAACAAAAGAUCAACAACCCUUUCAGGGUGUACACUCCACUCUUGUUAUUGAGUGGGGCGGCCUGCACCCGGUGGCGAAGAUACUGCAGCAGCAGCAGCAGCAGCAGCAGCAGGAGCAGCAGCAGAAGCAGCACCGGAAACAGAAGCAGCAGCACAAGCAGCAGCAGCAACAGAAACUGCAGCAGCAGGAGCAGCAGCAACUGCAGCAGAUGAUGGAGAUCUAA